AUGAGCUACUACAACCAGCAGCCACCCGUCGGCGCCCCGCCGCCGCAAGGGUACGGGGACAAGGGCGGCUACCCGCCGCCGGGCAGGGCUACCCGCCGCAGUACGCGCAGCAGCCGCCGCCCCACCAGCAGCAGCAGCAGAGCAGCGGGCCUUCCUUCAUGGAGGGAUGCCUGGCCGCCCUUUGCUGCUGCUGUCUCCUGGACGCCUGCUUCUGAGGAGGGAGGGAGGGAGGAAGACGACGAUCAACUUCGUGCAACUGGGACUGAGCUAUCCUUCUCUGACGGAGAAAUGCUGCUAGUAGCUUAA